CUGCUCCGCGGGGAGUUCACGAGGGACGAGCCGCUGGAGGACAAACGCGCUGCUGCUCUUUAGUUACUUUUUUAAAUUCAUGGAUUUAUGGCUUUUUCUUCUCAGCAAACCAACUUUUAACUUUACAAACUCUCGGACUGAAGAUUUCUCUCAUUAAUUAAGCGAUUUUGAUGAAUAUUUGUGGUUGAAGUUUCCCCUGAAUCCCCGCUGGUCCGCGGCACCUGCAGCUCAGUGGAAGGAUUUUCCCGCUCCGGAGCUCAGCGACCUCCCCCGGGGCCGACGGCCACCCGUGGCCGGGCGCAGCGCACCAUGAAGCGGCCUCGUGAGGACGGAGGGUCGGGGAGCGACCUGGAGGACCGCGGCUGUUCAGGGUCCCCCAGGUCCCCCAGGUCCCCCAGGGCGUCCCCGCUGGGCCCCCCGACCUCCAGCUCCCAGCUGACCAGGAAGAGACGGCGAGGGAUCAUCGAGAAGCGGCGCAGGGACCGGAUCAACACCAGCCUGCUGGAGCUGCGGAGACUCGUACCCACAACCCUGGAGAAGCAGGGCUCUGCUAAGCUGGAGAAGGCUGAGAUCCUGCAGAUGACGGUGGAUCACCUGAAGAUGCUGCAGAGCUCCGGGGGGAGAGGUCACCUGGACGUCCUGUCCCUGGACUUCCUGUCUCUGGGUUUCCGGGAGUGUGUGACGGAGGUUUCCCGCUACCUGGACCCCGGGGACCCCCUGAGGCCCCGCCUCCUGACCCACCUGACCUGCUGCGCCGCGCAGCGCGACGCCGCCGCCGCCAUGGCGGCCGCCGCCCUCCAGCACCAGGCCCCGCCCCCCCCGGUCCUCCCCCACCACUGGGCCGCCGUGGCGACGCUGCGUCCAGCACCGUACCUGCCGGUUCCUCCGGCGUCCCCCGACGCCCAGCGGGGCUCCGCCUUCUCCCCGGCAGACUCCGCCCCCCUCUCCUUCCUGUCCCUGUCGGCCUCGUUCCCCAUCGCCCUCCACGGGGGUUUCCCCGUCUUCCCCCCGUCCGCCGGCCCCCCCGGCCCGGCCCCCCAGACCCACGGCGGUAAACCGUACCGGCCCUGGGGCACCGAGGUCGGGGCUUUCUGACGCCGCCGCUGCCGCUAACCUCGGGACCGGAAGAUCCUCUAACUCGUUAACGUUGGCGACUAAACUCUCACCGCUUGUUCGGAGACCUGGAGAAUAGAGAGCUGCAACGAUUGGUCCACGUUGGCGACAAAAAUCCAUAAUCAAAAUAGUCGACAAUGAAUUCCAUUGUCGACAAUUGUCUCCAGACGUGUUUUUCCAACGGAGUGAGGCGUCUCAUUUCAAUACAAUCUCUGCUGAGAGUCGUGCAGCACGAUAGCGUCUCUGCCGAGCGGUAGCGGUAAAACAAAAAUGACGGCGUCCUGUAGCAGCUGCACGUACGGCUCUGAAAACGCCAUUUUCGAUUUCGAUUUUUUUGGUAAAACUACAAAAGACAAUUGAAUAAAUUGUUUCAAAUAUUUUAUCUUCAUUUUUAAAGAAAAACUGCAAACAAAUGUCCCUAUUGGGAAUGAAGUGCAAUUGAAAGAUCCUGUAAAUCCUCCUUGAGUUUAGUAAAGUGACAACAUUUACAAUUUUCUUGACCAAACAAAGACUAGACGAGCUCCGUCUGUAAUGCAGCUGCAAAAAAGGAAAAUCCAUUUUCCGAUUUUCCUUUUUUAACAUCGAUUGUGAUUAAUAAAUCCGAUUUAGAUUUAAAAUCGAUUAAUCGCACAGCCCAAGCUGCACGUAACAAAACUUCAAAAGUUUGGGAGCAUUUUAGCCUCGAUACGGAGAAUAAAAAGAUACUUGCAAGGUUUGCAAAGCCGACCUUUACGGUGGCCGAGCCCCGCCAUUGCUGAAAAUAAAAGUAACGCUGCAAACAGAAACAAACGCCGCUGCAAAUAAAAUAAACGCUUAACAAAUAAAAUAAACGCUGCAAACAAAAAGAAACCCCGCUGCAAAUAAAAUA